AUGACGAUGGACGUUCUCGCCGCUCAAACGCCCUUCUCCUUCCCGCCCACAGCCACGAGCCUGAACCUGACGGCCCAAUGCCUGGCCAACACUCUUCCUGCGCCGACUCUGUUUGGUGCCGACAUCCUCAGUGUCACAUCGUCGCUGUUGUCCAACUAUACAGCCUCGUUUCCGUCUCCCAGUUUCUUCAACUCCGACCCGCCCAUGUACGACGCAGCCACAGACCUGUCCUUCUGUAAUGUCACUGUGGCCUACACUCACCCGGGCCAGCACGACACCAUCCAUGUGAACCUGUGGUUGCCUGUGUCCGUCUCUCCCGAUGCACCGGCCCCAGCAGCAGCAGCACCACCACCACCACCACCACCGGCGACCACUCCCGUAUGGAACGGGCUGUUCCUGUCUCUCGGCGGCGGCGGCUUCUUGACCGCGGUGCCGGACAUGUUCUCCCACGCAUCCUUGGCACAGGGCUACGCCAUUUCCACCACCGACGGUGGCCACAGCCGCACCGACGGCUCCAGCGACUCGUGGGCACUCGUAUCUCCAGGCAAUGUCAAUCUGUAUCUCCUCCAGGAUUUCGCAUCUGUCGCACUGCACGACAUGGCCGUGAUCGGGAAGGCCGUGGUGGAAUCCUUCUACGGCGUCCCCCCCACCUACUCUUACUUCAAGGGCUGUUCGACCGGUGGCCGGCAAGGCCUGAUGCUUGCGCAGCGUUACCCGCACGACUACGACGGCAUUCUCGCCGCCGCGCCGGCCAUCUACAUGCCCAAACUACUGAUGAGCCACUACUGGGCGCAGGUGGUGAUGAAUCAGCUGGGCGAGUACCCUCAUGCAUGCGAGCUUGAGGCAAUCCACCGCGCCGUGAUUGAUGCAUGUGACGAGCUGGAUGGCGUCAAGGAUGGCGUUGUCUCAGCCGAGGAACAGUGUCAUUUCGAUCCCUUUACGCUGGUCGGCACGACCAUCUCUUGUACGGAACGCUAUGCAGAUACGGAAGCAGAAGCAGAAACAGAAGCCACCGAAGAGACAGUGUCUGCACCAACCACACACUCCAUCACCAUCAGUCACGCCGCCGCUCAUGUCGCAGCCUCGGUCUGGCGCGGGCCCGUCGACACCCGCAACACCAGCCUCUGGCACCCACUGAGCCGUUCCGCCCCGCUGUCCAUGUUGGGAGGGACGACGUGUUUCCGUAACGGCAGCUGUACAGGUGCUCCCAACCCUCUGGCCAGCGAAUGGCUCCGACUGUUCAUGUACAAGGAUGCAACGCUCGGCCUGACAGACUUGGCGCGAUCCGUCACCCACGAAACCUGGGUCGACCUUUUCCACCAAUCCGAGGAGUUGUACCAUUCAUUCCUGUCGACCAGUGACGCCGAUUUGUCCCCCUUUGCCCGCCGCGGCGGCAAGAUCAUCACCUGGCACGGACUGAGCGAUGGCAGCAUCAUGCCGGCCCAGUCGCGCGCGUAUUAUGAACAAGUCGCGGCGGUGGCCUCGGCCGAGAAGAGCAGUGGUGGGAGCAACGGUGAGACCGAAGCAGCAAACGCAAACGCAAACGCAAACGCAAACGCAAACGCAAACGCAAACGCAAACACAAACACAAACACAAACACAAACACAAACACAGAAGCUCAAGACCGUAACCUUGAUGGCGUGACGGAUUAUUACCGCCUCUUCCUCGCCCCCGGCGUCGAACACUGCGGCUCCGGCCCGGGCGCGCUGCCUGUGAAUGUCAUGGCCAAGCUGCGCGCCUGGGUUGAACGCGACCUUGCCCCGGACGUGCUGGAGAGCGAGAGUUUUCCUGGAGAGGAUGCAGACGGCGAUACCGCCAACCUUGAAGAAAAGAGCAGAUGUCACGAUGAUGACCACGACAAUAUCAACAUCAAAAUCAAAACCAAGCCCUCAAUUGACAAAAAGUUCACCCGCCCGCUGUGCAUGUAUCCCUUGGUGGCGCGAUAUCUGGGUCACGGCGACACGCGGCGCGCCGAGAAUUUUGAAUGUGCCGACUCCUUCUCUACCAAUUCUGCCUAG